UACUCUUUAGAUCUUAUACAUCAUGCCACACAAGAGAGCAAAAGCUAGCAUUCGUACAGCCAGAAAGAAGCAAUUAGGGGCUGAUGCACCUGUUACAUCGAACGAGAUUGAUGAUACACCCAAGGGAUUUGCCCGACUCUUACGAUUCAAGGAUCAUAAGAUCAAGAAACAACAGGAAUUGAAGGACAAGGCAAAUCAAACUAACAAAGAUGCACAGGCUCCUCCAAAACUGACGAUUCAGCCUGGCGAGAAAAUGAAAGAUUUUACGCUGAGAGUAGAAAAGGAGUACAAAAAAGAUUUUAUUAAUGCUGUCAAGGCAUCAAAGCCUAUAAGCGACAGAAAAAAGAAAAACCGAGAAUCUCGCAAGGAAAAAAAGACCGCAAAGAAGAGAAAGGUGGAGGAGAUCUACGGUGGUCGUGAUUUUGAUGAUCUGGAAGACAAGGUCCAGUUUGGAGAAGUUGCCUCGGCACCUCCUACAUUUAGCAAGCUCCCCAAAGCCCGCGGGCGCGGCAAAGAGGUGCUAGAAAACAAGAUUAAGGAAGCAAAGGAAACCAAGAGCACAACUGACGCUACAGACGGUUAUGUCUCUGAAGAGGACGAGAACAUGAAGGAGCUUAAGGCAUCGCACAAGCGUAAGUUGCAGAACAUGAGUGCCUCUGCUCGAAAGGCGCUUGGUGAUGAACGAGAAAGAGCGAUCGAGCUUUACAGAGCAAAAAAAGCACAAAAAUUAGUCAAUAUGGAAACUCAGUCUUAGAGAUUUUUCAAUCAGUGCAGCACAAAUAAAAUGAAAUAACAAUAUCAAUAAUAUCAAUAAAAACAAUAAAAACAAUAACAAU